AUGAAGAGUGCCAUUGCCAUCAUCGGGGCCGGCCCUUGCGGCCUCACUCUGGCCCGCCUCCUCCACUGCAAGAAUAUCCCCUUCACAGUCUACGAAAAAGAAGAGUCAGCGGCGACACUAGUAUCUAGUGGCUCACUUGAUAUACGCAAAGAAACAGGUCAGCUUGCUCUUCGGGAGGCUGGUUUGUACAAUGUCUUUGCUCAGAAAGCAAGAUGGGAGGACGAUCGGGUUAGCUUUUUUGACUCCUAUGGAGAGCUGUUGCAUCGAGCUACUGGCGAGGCAGAAGAUGGACAAGACGGCUUGAAGACCGGUGGAAAGCCCGAGAUUGACCGCAGGAGCCUACGAGACAUCCUUCUGGAGUCAAUCCCGCAAAACCAAAUAGUGUGGUCUCAUCGUCUGACAAAGUUAAGUUUCGACGGUGACAACUCGUCUCCCAUCCUACAUUUUUCCAAUGGCAACACAGUUGGUGGAUUCUCGCUCGUUGUCGGGACGGAUGGGGCCUGGAGCCAAGUACGAGCUGCGAUCACCUCUACGAAGCCACAAUAUGCAGGGAGUACCUUUAUCGAAACUCGCAUACAGGAAAGCAGCUUAUUGCACAAGACGCUGACGGACAAAAUCGGUCAUGGCAUAGCUCUGUUUCUAGCAGGGCCAACCCGUAUGAUCAUUCAACGACAAGGCGAUAACUCAUACAGGAUCUAUUUUGGCAUCACUGCCCCCGAGCACUUUGUUGGCACGUCUAUGGACUUGAACAACCCCCAAGCCACUCGUGAUAUGCUCUUGUCCUCUUUCUUCAAAGGCUGGGCUGAGGAUUUAAGAGAUUAUAUUCGAAACGCUGAGAAUUUCCGCAGCUGGCCGCUGUAUCAACUUCCUGCAGAAGGCUUUGGUUGGAACUCGGUACCAGGUGUGACUUUGGCGGGAGACGCUGCGCAUUUAUCGGUACCCAAUGGGGAGGGUGUCAAUCUCGCCAUGAAGGAUGCUUUGGAACUCGUUACUAAGAUUGAAGAAAACGGACUGGAGCAUAUAAAUAAGGCGGUAGAGGAAUAUGAGAGGGAUAUGUUGAAACGCGGCAAAGAUCACAUCAAGGCCGGUGAGGAGAUGGAUCGACUCAUGACGCAUCCUGAGGGAGCGAAGGCUGUUGUGAAGGCUUUUUCUGAGAGCUAA